AUGCCCCUGCUAAUUCGAGACGUUUCAGACGGGCCCAAGAAGGAACUGGGAUCUUUCUGUCGCAAACUCAAAGAGACAAUCGCCAAGCCUGCUGUCCAUCUUUGCGAAAACGAUACCUUCAAUCCGCCGUGUACUACUGUUAAGAGCUCGGCCGGGCAGUGCGUCUCUGUGCCCACCUCGUUGAAAGGCAAGGUGUCUUCGGUACGGCCAAAUGAAGCUGCCGGUACCUGUCGCUUCUAUAAUAAGCCUGGCUGCAAGGACGGCGAGGGCGGUCACUUCGAUGUCUCUUACCCAGGCGCUGAUGUCUCCAAGGGCGAGUGGCCAAGGCCCGAAGACUUCAAUGAUAAGAUCGCUUCCUUCCGCUGCGACGCGGCGAAAGAGUCGAACACGCCUGAACAAUGGGAAUGGUCGCCUAAGUCUCAGCCGCAGCUCUGCUCUCAUUUCGAUCACUUGAACCUUGGUUUCCAGUUAUCGGACAGUAGUGGCGCCGGAACCUGGGAUACCAUUAAGCUCGACUUCCCGAAUGCGGCUUCAAAAAAACACGUCAUCGCAAACGGUCCAGCCGCUGGAUUUCAUGAGUGGCAGCCCAUCAAUAUGCAGAAUGUGUUUGGGUCGGAUUUAGUCGAGGUCCGCCGUAUGUCAAAGAUCCGCCUUGCCACCGAGAUAAAUCAGGCAGUCCUUGAUUUCAAGGAGGCAGAUGAGUGGAGCCUUAUAGGCCUAAAACUGACAGCACGAUGCGCUAAGUCUGGUAUAUGGGUUGACAUGGACAAAUUCGCCUCGAUGAAUAGGCUGAUGCAGGCUAAGCCUACUGACAGUGGCAGGUACCGAUAUCAUAGGGAUUGGGAAGUCUGGGCCGACGAUAUCAAAUCCGAAGACUGGGUUCCGAGGCCCCCAUGCAGCCAUUUCCAGCAGAUGGACGUUCGUGUGGAGAUGGCUGAUGAGAGCUGGGCCGGAACCAACAACGAUCUCUAUAUCUAUGCCGGCAAUGGCCGUUUCCAGAUCGCUCAUCAACCCUCUCGCCGCCAAAGCUACAUCUCCAACGUCAACCUCGAGGUCGCCUAUAGGUCGUCGGCUGUUCCUGUGGCCGAUAUUAAGCGCAUCUCGAUCAAGAGUGAAGGAGGGUCUUGGAAUAAGGCGUUGGCUUCGAGUAAAUCCCCCUCCCCCCCUCGCCUCACCCCUCGUGUCUCGGGGAAAGCAUGGCAGCUGAUACGUCGUGCCAAAUUCAGAUAUUAG